AUUUCCUGUUUGUCUCAGCGUGGCGGCCGCGGGAGGGUGUUCCAGAAUGAGGGAAAUGUGCUGUGGUAACUUCACGAAAAUCCACGCGCAUGUUUAUGGUCAAUUAGUACAUUUAGCACAGCUGGCAUAUGUCUUUGAAAACAUUUGUUACUCAUGAAGUAUUAGACAGUCUCCAGAAAACAGCGAGUCAAGUCAGUGUUUCAUCAUGCAGGAAAAAGUGAAAACGCUGGGCAUUUUCUUGAGUAAUGAACAGAAGAGUGGAUACUGUGCCGGCGAAGCUGUAUCUGGAUAUGUUCUGGUUGAAGUGUCUACAGUGACAAAUAUCAAAGGCAUCAAGCUAGAAGUCAGUGGACUUGCCCAGGUUUGUUGGAAUGAUGGACCUCAACGAGAAUCAUUGCGAUCAUCUGCAAGACCCCCUUUGUCCCAACAUGUCAAGGAGGAGAUUGAAUGCCUCUCAAUUUCCAAGACUAUUUUUGAACCAACAGAUUCAGAAGGCUGGAUCAGUCUCAGUGCAGGGCGCCAUGAGAUUCCCUUUCAAUUUGAGUUGCCUACGAGACCCCUGGUGUCCUCUUUCUCUGGGAAGUAUGGAAGUGUAAAGUACUGGAUGACUGCUGUGUUGCAGAGGCCUCCAUAUCACAAUCAAAUUGUCAGCAGAGAUUUCCCAGUCAUUGCUCAUGUCGAUGUGAAUUCCCCACUGCUGCUGUGUCCGGUUUCGAUAAAUGGUGAAAAAAUGAUUGGCACCUGGAUUUUCACGUCUGGGCCUAUCUCACUGAGAGUGAACAUCGAGCGGAAGGGUUACUGCAAUGGAGAGUCCAUCCCCAUAUAUGCGGAGAUUGAGAACUGCUCGUCUCGUCUGAUCGUGCCGAAAGCGGUCAUCUGUCAGACGCAGACCUACCUGGCCGGCGGGAAGACCAGGAGCUGCAGGCAGGUGGUGGCGAGUGUGAGAGGAAACCAUGUCCCCUCUGGCAGCUCCGACGUCUGGAACGGAAAACAACUGAAGAUCCCGCCCAUCUCUCCCUCUGUCCUGAACUCCUCCAUCAUCAGAGUGGACUACUCCCUCGCAGUAAUCAUUCAGAUCCCAGGGGCCAGGAAGCUGAAAGUGGAGCUGCCCGUAGUGAUCGGCACCAUCCCUUUCAAUGGGUUAGGGAGCCGCAGCUCCAGCAUGAGCAGCCAGUUCAGCAUGGACAUGAGCUGGCUCACACUCGCUCUUCCAGACCUGCCUGAAGCCCCACCUAACUAUGCAGACGUUGUGACGGAGGCAGAGUUUGAUCUUCACAGACCCUCCUCCCACCAGUCUGAGGAGCUGGAAAGGCAGUUGGAGGGGCCGGCCUUCGCCUACGUCCAGGAGUUCAGAUUUCAACCCCCUCCUUUUUAUUCUGAGGUGGAUCCACACCCACCGCAAGGCGAAGUUUGAUUGAGCAUCUGAAUACUGGGUCAUUGGAAGUCAAUAUUUACAGUGUGCCUUCCAUGAACAGUUCCUGAACCCUGAGAUUGUAAGGUCACAGUGUAGUCUUCUUGGCCUGCUGAGCAAUCACUGUACUACGGUCUUAAUCAUCAUUUCACAUAAAUGCAUUAGACAAUGGAAAUUCGAUUUAUUAGAAUAAGGCACUUUAAAAUGCACAACGGUACACUUCCAGUGUUCCGGACUUAACUUUGAGAGGUGUGAUUUCCAUGUGAACCUGGCUGUGAGGGUGUUGCAUUAUGUUUUCUGACUUUACUGUCUAAGGACGAACAAAAAGGGAAGUGUUUAUGUGGAGAGCAUAGUGCCUUAAUCUCUGCAGAUGGCUGGAUCUGGAUUGGGUUUUUUAUUUUUUAUAUUAUGAGCUUGUGUAAACAGUGCCUUAAUUCUAAUCGGACGGUACCAAUGUGCACCUUGAAAGAAUAUCUGCCGUCAUAUCUUUUAUGUGCCAAAUGUAGCAUCUUGAUGCAGGUCUUGAGUUUAGCAAACCUGGGUUGGAUUUAUGCAAAGAAUGUAUUGCCUAUACUUUAACACUGAGAAGAAUGUCAGACAUCAGUCACACCGAGGAGUUGUUUUUUCACUACAUACACAACUGUGAGGGCACUUUAAUGUUUUGUGGGUGAACUCAAAGGUGUCAGGAGCUCUGUAUGUUUUUGUGACUCAUUUUAAAAGGGAAAACGCUCCAUUCAGACCCAUGUUAAGGUCUUGUAUGAAUUUAAAAGCUGGAAUUCAUAUCAACAAAGUAUGCAGAACAUGCAUAAUGUUUAUAGUUGAAAUGUAAUAGAAUGACACAUUGUUGUUCAUGCAUUUGUCAUUGUGAACCCAAUGGGUUUCUUACUUUAUACUUUUGUACGUAAGAAUUGAGCGGCCUUUACUCCUCAACAUAAUAAAGUGAUUGUUACAAGAAUUGAAAA